AUGAAGCCCGUACUCGCGCUGUUGUCACUGGCCAGCCUCAGUGCUGCUGCCCCAAAUUCUUCACCCUUCGCGCAGGAUGAACUGUCCAGGCGCGCGGACUGGCCCAACGGCCCCUUCGUCACCUCCGGCCGUUGGAUCCUCGACGCCUCCGGCAAGAACGUGACGUACGCCGGCGCGAACUGGCCGGGACACGCCGACGUCAUGAUUCCCGAGGGCCUGCAGUACCAGUCCAUCGAGAGCAUCGUGCAAAAGAUCAAGAGCCUCGGCAUGAACGCGGUGCGCCUGACCUUCGCGAUCCAGAUGGUCGACGAGAUCUACGCCAACGGCGGCAACGACAUCACCAUCCAGAAGGCGUUCGUGCAGGCGCUCGGCCAGGCCAACGGCACGCGCGUGCUCAACCAGGUGCUGGCCAAGAACCCGCAGUUCAGCGCGACCACCACGCGGCUGCAGGUCUUCGACGCCGUCGCCGCCGAGCUCGCCAAGCAGCAGAUCUACCUCCACCUCGACAACCACGUCUCCAAGGCCAUGUGGUGCUGCUCCAGCACCGACGGCAACAGCUGGUGGGGGGACACCUACUUCUCCGUGGCCAACUGGACCCGCGGGCUGGCCUACAUGGCGAACCACGGCAAAUCCUGGCCGGCGCUGACGUCGAUGGGCCUGCGCAACGAGCCGCGCGAGCCGACCAACAACGCGGCGCUCGACCGGUCGUCGUACAACUGGCAGAGCUGGUACGAGUACAUGCGGCAAGGUGCCGCAGCCGUGCACGCGGCGAACCCGGCGCCGCUGAUCUUCCUGUCGGGCCUGUCGUUCGACACGUUCCUGACGCCCGUGGUGCAGGGCACGGCGCUGACGCCGGGCUCCGCCGUCUUCAGCCGCGCCGACUUCCCGGGUUACGCCGACAAGCUCGUGCUCGAGCUGCACAACUACGAGAACAGCAUCGGCAGCUGCGCCAGCCUGCAGAGCAACCUGCUCCGGGACGGCUUCCAGGCCCUGCAGGGCGGGAGCGGGAUUAAUGUCUUCCCCGUCAUGAUGACUGAGUUUGGGUUCCAGAUGGACGCCAGCACCUGGAGGGGCGUGUACGCCAGCUGCUUGGCCAGCUUCCUGCCGGCGCAGAAGGCCGGGUGGCUGAUCUGGGUGCUGGCGGGCAGCUACUACAUCCGGUCGGGGAUUCAGGACUACGAGGAGGGCUGGGGCCUGCUGAACCACGACUGGAGUGCGUGGCGGAGUCCGUCGUAUGUGGACGGCGCGCUGAAAACGAUGGUUAGAAAUACGCUGAGUUGA